CCGGGAGGCGGAGGAAGAAUUGUCGGCAUUGGCCUGGCCAGCGCCGGUUGGUGGCCUGGAGGAGGAUUUGAUUGGAAAACCAACGGCGCAGCUGGCCGCGGUGUACUCGAGGUUGAGGGGACUGCGAGUAGGCUGGGGGGGAGGACAGGACGGGCUAAGACUGGACGGGACCCCUGGUCUGCAGCAGCAGGUGACAGCAGCAGGGACAAUGAGAAGGAGAUUGGCCUGAAGGAGGGACCGUCCCUCCGGCGCGGAAUGCGAUGUUAAUUCUGGGGCGUUGAUGUUUUACAAUGCCUGAUCAAGACAAAAAGGUGAAGACCACAGAAAAAUCAACUGAUAAAAAACAGCAAGAAAUCACUACCAGGGACUAUUCAGAUCUCAAAAGACUUCGGUGCCUUUUGAACGUCCAAUCAAGCAAACAACAGCUUCCAGCCAUUAACUUCAAUAGUGCCCAAAAUAGCAUGACGAAGUCUGAGCCCGCCAUCAGGGCGGGUGGACACAGAGCUCGGGGUCAGUGGCAUGAGUCCACAGAAGCUGUUGAACUUGAAAAUUUUAGUAUAAACUACAAGAAUGAGAGAAAUUUCAGCAAACAUCCUCAGCAUAAACUAUUUCAGGAGAUCUUUACAGCCUUGGUGAAAAAUAGACUCAUAUGCAGAGAGUGGGUUAAUCGAGCCCCAUCUAUUCAUUUUCUGAGAGUGUUAAUCUGUCUGAGGCUACUAAUGAGGGAUCCAUGUUAUCAGGAAAUCCUCCAUGGCUUGGGUGGGAUUGAAAACCUGGCUCAGUACAUGGAGAUUGUAGCCAGCGAGUACCUCGGCUAUGGAGAAGAGCAGCACACUGUGGACAAGCUGGUCAACAUGACAUACAUCUUUCAAAAACUUGCUGCAGUCAAAGAUCAAAGAGAAUGGGUCACCACAAGUGGAGCCCACAAGACAUUAGUAAAUUUACUUGGUGCCCGAGAUACUAAUGUUCUAUUGGGUUCCCUUCUGGCUCUGGCUAGUUUAGCAGAAAGUCCAGAAUGUAGGGAGAAGAUAAGUGAACUCAACAUUGUAGAGAAUCUGUUGAUGAUUUUACAUGAAUACGACUUGCUUUCUAAAAGACUAACAGCGGAGCUGCUGCGCCUACUUUGUGCAGAGCCCCAGGUGAAAGAGCAGGUGAAGCUCUACGAGGGGAUACCUGUCCUCCUUAGUCUGCUCCACUCCGACCACCUGAAGCUGCUCUGGAGCGUUGUCUGGAUUCUGGUACAGGUUUGUGAGGACCCUGAGACCAGCGUGGAAAUUCGCAUUUGGGGAGGCAUCAAACAGCUUCUUCAUAUUUUACGAGGAGACAGAAAUUUUGUUUCUGAUCGCUCCUCCAUCGGAAGCCUGUCCAGUGCAAAUGCUGCAGGCCGAAUUCAGCAGCUUCAUUUAUCAGAAGACUUGAGCCCUAGGGAAAUACAAGAAAAUACUUUCUCUCUUCAAGCAGCCUGCUGUGCUGCCCUCACUGAGCUGGUGCUCAAUGACACCAAUGCCCACCAGGUGGUUCAGGAAAAUGGUGUAUAUACAAUAGCAAAAUUAAUUUUACCAAAUAAGCAAAAGAAUGCAGCAAAAACUAAUCUAUUACAGUGUUAUGCUUUCAGAGCCUUGAGAUUUCUCUUCAGUAUGGAAAGAAACAGACCACUCUUUAAAAGAGUUUUCCCCACAGACUUGUUUGAGAUCUUCAUUGACAUAGGACAUUAUGUACGUGAUAUCAGUGCUUAUGAAGAAUUGGUAUCCAAGUUGAAUUUAUUAGUGGAGGAUGAACUGAAGCAAAUUGCUGAAAAUAUUGAAAGCAUUAAUCAGAACAAAGCUCCUUCGAAAUAUAUAGGCAACUAUGCGAUUUUGGAUCAUCUUGGAAGUGGAGCUUUUGGCUAUGUUUACAAGGUUAGAAAGCGUAGUGGUCAAAAUCUUUUAGCAAUGAAAGAGGUCAAUUUACAUAACCCAGCAUUUGGAAAGGAUAAGAAAGAUCGAGACAGCAGCGUAAGGAAUAUUGUUUCUGAAUUAACAAUAAUUAAAGAGCAGCUUUAUCAUCCUAACGUUGUACGUUAUUACAAAACAUUUCUGGAAAAUGAUAGGUUGUACAUAGUUAUGGAGCUUAUAGAAGGAGCCCCGCUUGGAGAGCAUUUCAGUUCUUUGAAGGAAAAACAUCACCAUUUUACUGAAGACAGACUAUGGAAAAUAUUUAUACAGCUGUGCUUAGCUCUUCGAUACUUACACAAGGAGAAGAGGAUUGUCCAUAGAGAUCUGACACCAAACAACAUUAUGUUGGGGGAUAAGGACAAAGUAACAGUUACUGACUUUGGCCUGGCAAAGCAAAAACAAGAAAACAGUAAACUCACGUCUGUUGUUGGAACAAUCCUGUAUUCUUGCCCCGAGGUACUGAAGAGUGAGCCGUAUGGGGAGAAGGCUGAUGUCUGGGCAGCAGGCUGCAUCCUUUAUCAGAUGGCGACUUUGAAUCCCCCCUUCUACAGCACUAACAUGCUGUCCUUGGCUACAAAAAUAGUGGAGGCGGUAUAUGAACCAGUGCCAGCAGGUAUCUACUCUGAAAAAGUAACAGACACCAUCAGCAGGUGCCUCACUCCUGAUGCAGAAGCUCGUCCAGAUAUUGUACAAGUCAGUUCGAUGAUAUCAGAUGUCAUGAUGAAAUAUUUAGACAACUUAUCUACAUCCCAGUUGUCCUUGGAGAAGAAGCUAGAACGGGAACGAAGACGCACACAAAGGUAUUUUAUGGAAGCCAACCGGAAUGCCGUCACAUGUCACCAUGAGCUGGCUCUUCUAUCUCACGAGACCUUUGAGAAGGCAAGCUUGAGUAGCAGCAGCAGUGGGGCAGCCAGCCUGAAAAGUGAACUUUCAGAAAGUGCAGACCUGCCCCCCGAAGGCUUCCAGGCCUCCUAUGGUAAAGAUGAAGACAGGGCCUGUGACGAAAUCCUGUCAGAUGAUAACUUCAACCUGGAAAAUACUGAGAAAGAUAUAUAUUCAGAGCUAGAUGACGAAUUGGACAUUUCGGAUAACUCCAGCAGCUCCAGUUCAAGCCCUCUGAAAGAAUCUACAUUCAACAUUUUAAAGAGAAGUUUUAGUGCUUCGGGAGGAGAAAGACAAUCCCAAACAAGGGACUUCACUGGAGGAACAGGAUCAAGACCAAGACCAGCUUUGCUGCCUCUUGACCUGCUUCUGAAAGUGCCACCCCUCAUGCUCAGGGCCCACAUUAAGGAACUAGAGGCCGAGUUAGUGACAGGGUGGCAGUCCCAUAGCCUUCCUGCUGUGAUUCUUCGAAAUCUCAAAGAUCAUGGGCCACAGAUGGGCACAUUCUUGUGGCAAGCAUCAGCAGGAAUUGCUGUGUCCCAGAGGAAAGUACGUCAGAUCAGCGAUCCUAUUCAGCAGAUAUUAAUUCAGCUGCACAAAAUAAUCUAUAUCACACAGCUCCCUCCAGCUUUGCACCACAACUUGAAAAGAAGGGUUAUAGAGAGAUUCAAGAAAUCCCUCUUCAGCCAGCAGAGUAACCCUUGUCAUUUGAAAUCUGAAAUUAAAAAGUUAUCUCAGGGAUCUCCAGAACCAAUUGAGCCCAACUUUUUCACAGCAGAUUACCACUUAUCACAUCAUUCAUCCAGUGGAAACAGCCUGUCCCCAAAUGACCCGACAGGCUUACCAACCAGCUUUGAAUUGGAGGAAGGAAUAACAUACGAACAGAUGCAGACUCUGAUUGAAGAAGUCCUUGAGGAAAGUGGCUAUUACAAUUUUACAUCUAACAGGUAUCAUUCCUAUCCAUGGGGGACCAAGAAUCACCCAACCAAAAGAUGAAAAUGCUGCAUUUUGAGUAGACUUGGUUUUCUCAGUGAAGUUCAAGUUCUGGACUUCAGCCACUAUUGCAAGAUGCCCAAGGAUUGGGUGCUGCUGGAGGGUGUGGAAAAGCCCAAGAUGCCGUGGGGCCUGCAGGACUUCUUUCUGGGGGUCCUGUGCUGGAGUAUAUGACAGCUGCAGUGCCUGAGGGCUUCAUUGCCAGAACGCAUUAUAUACAGGAUGGCAGAGCUGUCAGUGUGCUGCUGGGAGGAAAUGUUGCAAAAUUCAUCUUUGCGGGGGUGGGGGGAAAACCCAAAAACAACAACAAAAAAAACGCUUUUACAGAAUUUUCCUCAACAUUAAAAAAAAAACUUGUCAUAUUUUUCAAAGGCACAUUUAAUACUCAGAAUUGCUAAAAGUAUAUUUAAAGGCAUCUAGCCUUCCAUAUGCAAAACAUAUUUUAGAUAAAGACAGUUACAGGACUCAGAAUAAUAUAUGGGGUGAUUCACUGUAUCCUCCAUUUGUAUCUUUAAAGAAAUUCAAAAUAUGUGAUUGAUUUUUUUUUUUUAAUGGACGGGUUGGUUCUCGCUUAACCACUUGGGUGCUGGUGGUCUUGAACUGUGAUACAGUGUAGACAGUAUUUGUAACCUUGCACAGCCUCUGGGGGCAACUGUCAAACUGUCAGAUUUAAGUUAGACUAAUAGAAUAUAUUGCUGUACAGUGUGUGUAUAUGUACAUACAUGAGGGUGGAAGAAGAGAGGUGUUGAUUAGACUAAUGCUUUGCUGCUCAUCAAACUUAGAGUAUUUUUAGAGCACUUUGAAGGGUUCAUAGAAUCUAUGAAAAAAAUGCAAUAUUCCUCAUCCUAAAUCCCUCCUUAUUACAAUUACCUAAAUUGUUUAUGAAUUUUUAUUGUUUGGGAAUUUGAAAUGAAAAUAAGUUAAAUCCCUUUUUUCCUCAUUCAGACAGCUCAACGAAAGAGAAAUCAGAAUGCCAAACUGUGUAUCAUCCUUUAUGCAGGGAGAAUUAUGAUGAAAAUCUACUAGAUUCUCAUUGGGCUUAAACUCCUUCUCUUCAGUCAGCUUCUUAAAACUCUGGUGUAAUGACAAGAAAUGCCCUCAUUGCCAAAUCUGUCUACACUUCUAGCUACCUAAAGAGCAAUUUAUUCUACAUAAUUAGUAAUCUGAAAGUUGAAAUAUACUUUUUAUUUACUUUUCA